AUCUCUAGCUCUAAAGAUUAAACAACAAUGGCACACAACACACCUUUAUAUAUAUGUAUUUUAUUAGCUUCAACGCCUCAUAUUUGCUAUAUAAACAGUUGGUUUGAGCUCAACUGAUACUACUAAAGAAGACCCUCCAGCCUCUUAAGUUUCUUCCAUGGCUUCCACCAUUUCCCAUGUUGGAGCUGUCAGCCAUAAAAUGUUGAGCUUGAACAGCUCUAGUGCUGGAGGUUCAGCCCCAAGCUCAGCCUUUUACGGCAGCAGUUUAAAGAAGUUGAACUCAAGAGUCACUCACCCAAAGAACAGUGACUCUAAAACCUUUAGGAUUGCAGCUGAGGAGAAGAAAAAGGGGGACAGGUGGGCAGGACUUGGCACCGACAUUUCUGAUGACCAACAAGACAUCACAAGAGGAAAGGGACUGGUUGACUCCCUUUUCCAAGCUCCAUCCGGUGCAGGAACUCAUGAUCCUAUUAUGAGUUCAUAUGAAUACCUUAGCACCGCACAGAAGACAUAUAACCUGGAUAACAAUAUGGACGGAUUCUACAUCGCUCCAGCAUUCAUGGACAAGCUUGUUGUUCACCUUAGCAAAAAUUUCAUGACCCUGCCUAACAUCAAGGUUCCUCUUAUUCUUGGUGUUUGGGGAGGAAAAGGUCAAGGAAAAUCAUUCCAGUGUGAGCUUGUCUUCGCCAAGAUGGGGAUCACCCCAAUUAUGAUGAGUGCUGGAGAGUUGGAAAGUGGAAAUGCAGGAGAACCUGCAAAAUUGAUCCGACAAAGAUACCGUGAAGCAUCUGAUAUCAUCAUGAAGAAAGGAAAGAUGUCCUGCCUAUUUAUCAAUGAUUUAGAUGCCGGAGCUGGUAGAAUGGGUGGAACCACCCAAUAUACUGUCAAUAACCAGAUGGUUAACGCCACACUUAUGAAUAUCGCUGAUAACCCCACCAAUGUCCAGCUUCCUGGUAUGUACAACAAGGAGGAAAACAUGCGUGUACCAAUCAUAGUCACUGGAAACGAUUUCUCAACACUGUAUGCGCCUCUUAUCCGUGAUGGUCGUAUGGAGAAAUUUUACUGGGCUCCAACUAGAGAGGACCGAAUCGGUGUUUGCAUUGGAAUUUUCAGGACCGACAAUAUUGCAAAUGAGGAUGUUGUCAAGAUUGUUGACACCUUUCCUGGUCAAUCUAUUGAUUUCUUUGGUGCUCUUAGAGCCCGAGUAUACGAUGAUGAAGUGAGGAAGUGGAUUUCAGGGAUUGGAAUUGAAGGUAUUGGAAAGAAGCUUGUUAACUCAAAAGAUGGACCCCCAACUUUUGAGCAACCCAAAAUGACUGUCGAGAAACUUCUCGAGUAUGGCCAUAUGCUUGUCCAGGAACAGGACAAUGUUAAGAGAGUCCAAUUGGCUGAGAAAUAUUUGAAUGAAGCUUCUCUUGGAUCAGCAAACGAGGACUCCAUCAAACGAGGAGAAUUUUAUGGCGCGGCAAAAUGAUUUUUUAUGGAUACAGGAAAGGCAGCACAACAAGUUGGUGUUCCCAUUCCUGAAGGUUGCACAGAUCGGACCGCAGCAAACUUUGAUCCAGCAGCUAGGAGUGACAAUGGUACCUGCCUGUAUGAAUAGUAGGUUUGCUAUAUCUUGUUAGGACAUGUCUUUCACAAUUAUGAACAAAUUCUAUGUUGUAACUCUGUGUACUGAAUCUUUGUUUGGGCUUGAUCUUUAUGUUUUUCGCAUAAUCUCCCAAUAAAUAAUCUAUAAUUCUCUUUUA